AUGAAAUUAUUGUUCUUGUAUUUCGUUAUUGUUGUUCUAUUGCACUUAGAAAAUACAAAUCAAGUCAUUCUUGAAACAUCGCUUAAAGCAGAGAAAAUUUUAGUCAAAACUCAUUUGAAUGAAACAUAUUGUACCUGGUUUUUUCAACCGCCAUGGAAACUGCGUAAUGAUCUCUUCAAUGACAAGCCGUACAAUAAUUCAGUUGAGUACUUCGGUAUUAGUCAAAGAGAUCCCAUAAACAAUGAAUCUUUUGUUGAAAGUUCAAAGAUAAAUGCAUGCAAUGAAAUUAAUAUUACAUUCUAUUCUAAAGUAAGUCAAACAUCCAUCGAUUCCAGGCUUUAUGUUCUUUUACACAAUCAAAACAAAUGGGAUUAUAUAUGGAAUUAUGUGCCUGUUGAUACGCAAUGGAACUAUCAUCAACUUAGUAUCAACUUGAUCCAUCAAACUGAAGAAUACGUUCGACUCCGAUUCAUGCCCAGUCUAAAGUCAUCUCGCCGGAUUUCGAUGGCUAUUGCUGUACUCAACAUAAGCACAUUUACAAAUUGUCAUACCGACAAAUUACAAUGGACGAGUCAAGCAUCCGCCAAAAGCAAUACAAUUAAACAAUCAUCUUUCUUGGCUCUUUUAGGUGGCAUUGUUUUACUUGUCUGUACAGCGGUAGCCGUCUUAUUUAUCUACAGUAUUAUUGAGAAACAAUGUAAUAAGCUGGCUCAAAGACGAACAACGCAACGUCAACAAAAAGUUCGUAGAACGAAAAAUGCCAUUAGAGAUGAAUCAACUGUACUUAGUCUGGCAACUCAUCCUUCAACAACAACAACAACAACAACAACAACGACGACAACACAGCGUUCACCAAUCAUUGACAUUAUUGGAAGUGAUUACGAUUCAGAUUACAUGUCCCAAACAUAUCUUAAUCGUACAUCAUCCUAUGCUUCAUGUUAUUCAUCGAAUCCAAAUCAUAUAUCAAAUUCACCCAUGAAUCGACAUGGAUCAAUUGAAAGUUUAUUACAUGGCCAUUCGAAAUCUAAUCCAGCUAAUAUACGUGUUCUUGUACGAAAAAAUUUUGAACCAUUUGCGCAAGCACACAUUGCUGUUUCAAAAGGUACAAUAGUGACUGCAUUAUUUUCUCGUGGGCCAUGGUUGUAUAUACGCAUUGAUUCAACCGGAAAAACGGGUUAUAUUCCACGAAUGAUAUGUUCGUCCUACCAGAAGUCUUUACAACCGACGGAUCUGUCCAACUCAUCGAUUGACUCGUCAUUAAUCAAAGAUGAUGAAAUGCUUCUAAAGACCGAUAAAUAUUAUAAUCGUCCGUAUAAACAAGUCAUGAAUCGAUAUCUAUCACAUAGUUCAGCUAUCAUCGACGACACAAAGCCACGACGAUCGAAAGUCUACUUCGAUGAACGCGAACGACGUAAUACAUAUACAUUACCGAUAUCACCACGAACAAAAGGUACAUUAGGAAAAGAUCGUCGACUGACACUCAGUUCAAUCAAUUGCCCACUUGGCUCGUCAUUGAAUAAGCAAGAUUCAUCAACGAAUUCGAAUAUUGAAAUACGAACGAUCAUUACUCGUGAUACAGAUUCAUCCAGUACGCAAGAUUCCGGUUAUUCGGAAUCCACGCCAUUCUUUCUUGUUCAACAAGCAACGCCAGAAAAUGAACAACAAACGAUACACUCAUUUCUUAAUACAUCGAAAAAAUCACACGCCAUACCCCAUUACGCAACUAUUCGUCGUCCGUCUCUUUUAAAAGUUCCCGAUCCAAGUCAGCAUCAGCAGAAACAGCUCAAUGCAUUACAGAUUCAUCGUCAGACACUUCAUAAUGGAUGUUCUAUGAAUGAUAUAAUCAUCGAUGAUUCCAUUAAACGGCAUUCAUACGGUGCAUUCGAUGAAGUUGAUUCUUCCAAUUCAAAACUGAUGAGUUCCAAUUCAACUCGUCGUCUACCUGAAUUCGCUUUAAUCAGAAAUGUGCGACGGAAUAAAACGCAAAUCAAACCAUCAAUUUAUAAUCUUCCGAAAAGUCAUAUACAAAUUCCUGCUAGUAUUUUCCUUAAUCAUCAUCGUCAAAAGCAGCAGUUCGGCAGUUCGCAUAGUGCUUUUCGACCUGUUCAACCUGCGAAUGUAUUCAAACGAGCAUCAAGCGAAGGACAUUCUCCUUCAUCAACAUCAUCAUCGUCAUCAGCAGCAUCCUUGUCAAAUUCCAAUUCUUCCAUUCAAGAACAAACUCAACCAAAAACGCGCCGACGUCUCUCAUUCGACCUGCGCGUGCCUGCUUUAUUAUCAUUGAAAUCGAAUAGUUUAACACGCUCGGUUUGUGAUCAGUCAGCAGCAGCAGUCGCAAAAACUAAAAUAGGAAAAUUGAAUCAAUUUUCUCGAACAAUGAGUGAUAUUUUAUGCGACCAAUUCAGUGAAAUAAAUCUCGAUGCCAUCGAAAAAGACUCGCUGAUUCAACACCAAUCAAAAGCAACACAUCAAUCUCAGCAAUGUUUAUUUACCGUAAUCAAAGAUUAUCGAAGUUCGCGUGCAUCAUUUGCGCUUAAACGCGGAGAUUCAGUUCAUGUUCUCAAACAAGUCGGUCGAGCAUGCUAUCUCAUUCGAAAACCAACGAACGGACAAACAGGAUUCAUACCGAAAGCAUUAUUAGUUCCGGCAGCAACAACGAAAGUUGAUACUUUUCUUAAAAUGCAUGAAUACCGCGAAACAAUCAUAUGA